GCCUCUCGGCGGCAGGCGAGCCCCUGCUCAGCGCCCCCUCCGCCCGCUGGGAUUCACUCCCGGGUAGGGGAAAGGGGGCGGGGAGCAGAGGUGUCCCUCUGCCGGCGGCACUGGAGGCAGACAGACCGACGGACACGCAGACCGCCGGGGCGGCCCAGGGGUUCGUGCCCUGACUGGCGCGCUCAUUCGGGAGCGACUGGGGCUCGGCGCCGGCAAGCCCAAUGUGGUCCGGAGGCGGUGGGAAGGCGCGGGGCUGGGAGGCCGCGGCGGGAGGGAGAAGCAGCCCCGCCAGGCUCAGCCGCCGCCGAAUCAUGUCGAUGAGUCCAAAGCACACGACUCCGUUCUCAGUGUCUGACAUCUUGAGUCCCCUGGAGGAAAGCUACAAGAAAGUGGGCAUGGAGGGCGGCGGCCUCGGGGCUCCGCUGGCGGCUUACAGGCAGGGCCAGGCGGCACCGCCGGCCGCGGCCAUGCAGCAGCACGCCGUGGGGCACCACGGCGCCGUCACCGCCGCCUACCACAUGACGGCGGCGGGGGUGCCCCAGCUCUCGCACUCCGCCGUGGGGGGCUACUGCAACGGCAACCUGGGCAACAUGAGCGAGCUGCCGCCGUACCAGGACACCAUGCGGAACAGCGCCUCGGGCCCGGCAUGGUACGGCGCCAACCCAGACCCGCGCUUCCCCGCCAUCUCCCGCUUCAUGGGCCCGGCGAGCGGCAUGAACAUGAGCGGCAUGGGCGGCCUGGGCUCGCUGGGGGACGUGAGCAAGAACAUGGCCCCGCUGCCCAGCGCCCCGCGCAGGAAGCGCCGGGUGCUCUUCUCGCAGGCGCAGGUGUACGAGCUGGAGCGGCGCUUCAAGCAGCAGAAGUACCUGUCGGCGCCCGAGCGCGAGCACCUGGCCAGCAUGAUCCACCUGACCCCCACGCAGGUCAAGAUCUGGUUCCAGAACCACCGCUACAAGAUGAAGCGGCAGGCCAAGGACAAGGCGGCGCAGCAGCAGCUGCAGCAGGACAGCGGCGGCGGCGGCGGGGGCGCCGGGUGCCCGCAGCAGCAGCAGCAGCAGCAGGCGCAGCAGCAGUCGCCGCGUCGCGUGGCCGUGCCAGUCCUGGUGAAAGACGGCAAACCGUGCCAGGCGGGCGCCCCCGCCCCGGGCGCCGGCGGCCUGCAGGGCCACGCGCAGCAGCAGGCGCAGCAGCAGGCGCAGGCGGCGCAGGCGGCGGCCGCGGCCAUCUCCGUGGGCAGCGGCGGCCCCGGCCUGGGCGCACACCCCGGCCACCAGCCGGGCAGCGCGGGCCAGUCCCCGGACCUGGCGCACCACGCCGCCAGCCCCGCGGCGCUGCAGGGCCAGGUCUCCAGCCUGUCCCACCUGAACUCCUCGGGCUCGGACUACGGCACCAUGUCCUGCUCUACCUUGCUAUAUGGUCGGACCUGGUGAGAGGGGCCGGGCCGGGCCCAGCGCGCUGCCUCGCCGCUUCCCCUCCAGCCCGCCACCGUCGCCCGCCCACCGCCCGCCGCCCCGACUUGCUUCGACUUUUCUUAAGAAACGGCUCCCGAUUAGACCGAGGGGGUGGGGGUGGGGGAACUACACACACAAAGACCAAACUGCUGGACGUCUUUAUUUUUUUUUCUAAAAUUUGUGGGAUUUUUUUUUCUUUUAAGAGAAAGUAAAAACACCAAGCGAAUCCAAUUCUUCAAGGAGUCUUUACGUGAAGAAGGAAGGACACGGCGAGAACAGCUUUGAGGGUGUCUUUUAGGUGACUCGGAUGGGUUUCCCACGCUCGGGCAGGGCGUAGUUUGGAGAGGGCUCUCCGCACACAAGGCUCUGAACUCGAAACCUAGCAAACUUUGGUGCGGGUACACCGUGCCCGCCAAGUGCACACGCUUGUAAAUACCAGGAUUUCUUUGGAAGGGGAGAGGGGGGCUUGGAGAGGAAAGACUCUUCGACAGAACCCACCUGUCACUGACACAAAGAAAGUGCUCCCUCCAGACGCCCUCAGCAGCCCAGGCUCGGAGGGGACCGCCCUGGCUAAAAUUGUUUUCUGUUUGGUGUGAACUUGUAGCUGUAAAACACUGUCAAAAGUUGGACUAAACGCCUAGUUUUUAGAAUCUGUACAUUUUGUUGUAAAGAAAAAAGAAACCCAGUCCCUACUCCUAGCCCAUUUUAUUUUUUAUGGGCAUUGAUACAUCUGUGUAUAUUAUUUGGCAGUUUGGUAUUUGCAGCGUCAGUCUUUUUCUGUUGUAACUUAUGUAGAUAUCUGGCUUAAAUAUAGUUCCUAAGAAGCUUCUAAUAAAUUAUACAAAUUAAAAGGAUUCUUUUUCUGAU